AUGGCAGACUACGAUGCCAUCGUGGUGGGUGCCGGCUUCAGCGGCAUCCGUGCGCUCUGGGAGCUGGGCCAGCUGGGCCUGACGGCCAAGGGAUUCGAGGCUGGCUCGGACGUCGGCGGCGCCUGGUACUGGAACCGGUAUCCGGGCGCACGAACGGACAGCGAGGCCUGGGUGUACACGAUGAACUUUGCGCCGGGCUCGCGCGAGGCGUGGAACUACAGCGAGCGAUACCCAGCACAAGCCGAAGUGCAGCAGUACCUGGGCCGGGUAGCAGACCGGUUCGAGCUCCGACGGCUGAUCCAGUUCGACACGCGCGUGGUGUCGGCGCACUACAGCGACGAGCGCAACGUGUGGACGGUGACGACGUCCGAUGGGGUGGCGACGACAUGCCGCUUCUUCCUGCCGGCAACGGGGCCGCUAUCGGUGGCCAAGGAGCCGCCAUUUGCGGGCCUGGCUGACUACAAGGGCGUCUGGCUGCAGACGUCGACCUGGCCGACCGGCAAGGUGGAUCUGCGCGGCAAGCGGGUGGCCAUUGUCGGCACAGGUGCCACGGGCGUGCAGAUCGUGCCCAAGAUCGCGCCCGUGGUCCAGCAGCUGACCGUGUUCCAGCGGACGCCCAACUACGUGCUGCCGGGGCGAAACUACACCAUUGACGAGCACGAGGCGGCCGCGAUCCUGGACAACUACGACGCCACGUGGAAGUGUGCCAACAACCACGCGAACGGUCUGGCCAUGCACAGCACCGGCAAGACGGUCCGACAGACGGCUGACGCGACCGCGAUCCGCCAGGUGCUCGAUGCCGGCUGGGAGCGUGGCGGAUUCCACUUCCAGAUGGAGACGUUUGACGACAUCGCGACCGACCAAAAGGCCAACGAGGUCGCGGCCGCGUACAUCCGCCAGAAGAUCCACGCCAUCGUGCAGGACCAGCACACGGCCGACCUGCUGAGCCCGCACUACCCCUUUAUGUCGAAGCGGCCGCCGUGCGGCCACUUUUACUACGAGGCCUUCAACCGGCCCAACGUCGAGCUCGUCGACAUUCGCCACGACGGCCUCGCGCUCUACGAAGACGGCAUCCGUACCACCAAGACCCAGGUUGACCGCCCGUUUGACGUCGUCAUCUUUGCGCUCGGCUUCGACGCCGGCACCGGUGCCCUCGCCGAGAUCGAUGUUCGCGGCAGCCAUGGUCGCCGCCUACGCGACAUCUGGGACGCCAAGGUCGAGACCUUUGCCGGCGUCCUCGUCCCCGGUUUCCCCAACAUGUUCGUCGUCUGCGGGCCCCAUAUCCCGUUUGGCAACAUGCCCGUCGUGCUCGAUCUCGAGACCAGCUGGAUCGGCCGGACGCUGCGCCACAUGCAGGACAAUCGCCUCACCCGCAUCGACGCCAGCCCAGCAUCUGCUCAGGCCUGGUCUGCCCAUCUCGAUGACGCCUUCCACAGCACCAUCUUUGCCGAGUCCGCCAAAUCCACCGGCGCCUGGUUCGUCGGCAGCAACGUCCCCGGAAAGUCCACUGCCCCUCUCUUCUACUUUGGCGGCGUGCCCUCCUGGCAGACCUGGCUCGACAACGAGGCCAAGGCCGGCUGGACCAGCAUGGACUUCUCUCCUGCUGUGCCGGCCGACAACACCCUGGAGGGCUCAGAAACGGUCCGCGACGCCGUCGCCGGAAAGGUGUCCAUAGCUGCAUGA